AUGGCCGGCACAUAUUACUUCGUUAUUGUUGGCCACUCCGAUAAUCCGAUUUUCGAAAUGGAUUUCAUUCCAGUUACCAAAGAAGUUAAGAAAGAAGACAAUAGACACUUAAACCAGUUCAUCGCUCACUCAGCCCUGGACCUGGUUGACGAGCACAUGUGGAAAGUCACCAACACUUAUUUGAAAUCCGUUGAUAAAUUCAACCAGUGGUUCGUCUCGGCUUUUGUCACCGCUAGUCAGAUGAGAUUUGUGAUGGUACAUGACGCUCGAAAUGAAGACGGCAUUAAAAACUUCUUCACAGAUGUAUAUGAAUGUUAUAUAAAGUUAUUGUUAAAUCCAUUCUACAAGGAAGACACUGUCAUCAACUUUCCUGCAUUUGAAAAGAAGGUUCAGCUGCUCGGAAAGAAAUAUUUAACAUAG